AUGGGCAGCAGACGGCAGUUAGGCCCGGAAGGCGGUCCCGUAAACAACAACGGUCCGCGAGGCCGUGCCAGAUGGCCGGCCAACCUGGGAUCGCCGUACACGCUGUUCCGCGACAACCUCCAUGACAGCAUUCUGGAUGUGUAUAUGCAGAGCGGCGUUGCGCGUUCCCAAUCCCUCACCCGGGAGCACUUGGCCGCGGUUGCUCAGCAGCCGGUCUCGGAGCACUUCCACAGCUACAUGUGCUGCUCCAUCUGCUACGAAAACGCGCUCAUAUGCGCCGUCGGGAAGUGCACCCAUCUGAUGUGUUUCCUGUGCAUGAUGCGUCUGAAGAAUUUCUACGACAGCGACUCUAACGUGCACCAGUGCCCCUACUGCAAGCAGGAGUCCGACGUUCUCGUGAUCUGCGCCAACCCGUUUUUUGCGCACUUCGCAGUGCAGAAGUCGCUGUAUUCCCAAGAGGGCGCUCGGGAGCUGACACGCAGCAGCGUGGAAUCUCUGCUGCGUGUCGUGAGCGGUGACACGCCGUUAGACCGUCGUAUGCUCUCGCGAGACGCGGUGAACAUAAAGGAUCUGUUCGGGGUGUUUCUACGAACGGUGGAUGUGAAGCGUGACACCAUACUGAAGGCGCCUGGCUCCAAAAUGCAGCACCUCGUGCGAAAGGCGCAACAGCUGUCCAUCAAGGAGCGUGAAGAGCGGGAUCCCUUCAAAGACGUCUACAACUUGAAGCAGUCGAAGCCGCGGUUCUACGGCGAUCACGUGGCUGCCGGGGACGGCAAGCUCGUGUUCGAGCACCCUAACAUAUACAUGCUCUUCCGCGCGGUCAGCAGCGCCCUGUGUUGGGUGCCGGAGUGCAAGGCGCACUGGCACACCAGCAUGCCCCUCGACGCCCCAGAGCUGUUGGUUAAAGCCAUAGAGAAGCUGUACCAGAAUCGGCACACUUCGUUCGAAUCUUUGAACAAGCACCUGAAGAGCAAGCAUGGAUUGGUGUGCUGCGAUAUUUGCCAGGGCCACUUCGGCCUCAAGCAUUUCAUCUGCGAAAUGCCGUUAUACCGGUACGAGGACAUAAAAGCGCACGUGCGUUUUGGCGAUACGGAUAGGGUGCCUCCCAUUCCGGCCCACGUCAUGUGUAGCGCAUGCCGGCGUAUGCAGUGGGACAACACGGAGCUAAAGAGGCACGCCAAGAGCGACCACUUCUACUGCAACCUUUGCGAUUCCGAGGGCUUUGUGUGCGAGAUUUUCAGCGAUUAUGGGACGCUGUUCUCGCACUUCAAAACUUACCACUACCCAUGUGAGGAGCCGGAUUGCAUGUUCAUGGUGUUCCCGGACGAUCUCCAGCUGCAGCUCCACUACAUGUCGAAGCAUCCUACGGUCCAUCGCAGCCAGUCGUCCCGUCAGCGGAAGGCCCAGCCUCCUGUGCAACAGGCUGCCGUGCCGGUUACGAAGAUCACGGCAAGCGUCUGCGCGUUGCCCACCAGCUCCUUGCCGUGGGACGGAAACAUCCGCAUAGUACCAGACGCGGAGCCGGUCGUCCCCGAGCCUACCCCGGAACCGGAACCCCAAGCAGAACCUAAGGUGGUGUCUGCGGAGUUCGAGGAGUGGCUUCGCAAGCGCGAGUACCUCACCGAUCCCCAACUGCGCACUGCCGAUAAGAGCACGGAGCUGUUGAAUGCCUUUGCGCAGACCCUGAUAAACCUGAAAUUGGGUUCUACCGUUCGCCAAUUCGAUUUCGACACCUUCAGCGUCAAUUGCGCCACUCGUGUCCAAUGUGACCUUGAGCGCGUGUCGGCUCUGGUGAAAUCGUCCUCUUUCCCCCCGCGUUGCGAGCUGUGGGAACGCCUCCCCUCCGACUUCAGAAGCCACGUUGAGGAGGCAUUGUCUGAUUUCCGCGUCCAAUAUGGCCGAUUUGUGGAGGAGUCCAUUUCGGGAAAAUCGCAAGAGUCAGGUGCUCCUAACCUCCUCGAUCUGGUUAAAAGUUCGAUGUGUUACCUUAUGGUAUUCGUGUACAGUAUUAACUUCCAUGUGGAAUACGAGAAGCUUCUGCGGGUUGUGAAGGCAUCUUCGGUCGAGCACAAGGUGUCCCCUAACGGGCUCAUGCUGCUCAACGUUGUGGAGGACAUGGUCCCCAUUGCGAGCAAGAUCUUGGUGAAGCAGGCGUUUGACUGGGUGGUGAAUGCGCUGGAGGGCGCCGUGAACAACGUAUCUGCAAUGAAGCAACAGCCCGUAUCUUUGUCCGCCGUGGUGAAGAAAAAGACGAAGUCAGGUUCCGAGUUCAGUCUCGAAGUUCUCAACCCAGGCCGUGACCUCUCCAAGGAAAUCGGGCAGCACAAGCUGCAAAAACGGCAGGAGCAGCUGCUUAAGAGGAUGGGCCGCAAACCAAACGCCUGGGGCAAAGUGCAGGAAGCGCCUGAUAAGCGUGCUGCCGCACCCGAGCCUGAGCCCGAACCCGCUGCGCCGGCCCCGGAAUCCGCUCCAGAGCCUGAGUCCAGUAAGGCGGACAAGCUGCAGGAACCGGCGGUAGACAACGAGCGGUAUGCUAUUUCCGUUGAGGACAGCUUCAAGCAGAGCCUCAACUCUGACUUUUAUGCUGCCAUGGUGGACGUUAUUCGGAAUGCGCUCGCGGUGAACGACUCGAAGUUCAACGCCACCUCGGUAGAGCACCGGUUGCGGGAUACGACGUGCAUCAAGAUUAACCAGCUGCUGAUGUCCGGCACCCGCCGUUUCACGACGCUGUCGGAGUUCGUGCCCAUGCAGCUGCUGGAGUCGCUCCAGGCCCUGGAGCCCGAGUUCUACCGCCUGGUCAAGGAGGCCCGGAUGGUCAACGACGUUGAGGGCGCUGCCAAAAAAUGGAGCUACCGCUGCGCGAAUGCGCUGCGCCGGUGCCGCGUGGAGCACCUGGAGGUGCUGGACUAUUACUUGACUGCCAACGCCGCCGCCAUGGCGCUGCGCAGCGACGCUGAGUUUCCUUCCCUGGGGGACGGCGGCAGCGCCAAAUCGACCGUCACGCGGCGCAACUACGCGCAGGCGCUGAACGUGAGGUCGUCAAAGAACUUCGUGCUGCUGGAUUCGGAGUUCCCGGCGCUCGGGUAA